AUGGGCCAUGGAUCAAGUUCUCCCCAGCCUUUUGGAGAUUCUCGUGUGGUGAAGACGAAGUUCGGCAACAUCAUUGGGAGACGAUUCGUUUUUGAUAAAAAGGAGGAAUCGAAUUCGAUAGAUGCGUUUCAGGUUGACGCGUUCCAAGGAAUCCCGUAUGCCAGCCCACCUGUGGGUGCGCUCCGAUUUAAGAAACCUGAAUGGCCACAACCCUGGUCCGAUGUCAAGUCAACAAAAAAAUUCGCGGCAAGAGGGGUUCAGAAAGAUCUACACUGCUUCGAGAAGAUCAAGCUAGGGGAGAUAUCCGAAGACAAUCUCUAUCUGAAUGUAUUCACGCCGGUCUGGAGCCCAGACCCUGACUCAGAAGGUUUCGCCGUCCUGGUGUUCAUCCAUGGAGGUGCUUUCAUCUGCGACAGUGCCGUGAAGUAUGGUGACGUCGGUAUCUGCGAGCACCUGUGCACGAAAGACGUGGUCGUAGUGACUAUCCAGUAUCGCCUUGGAUUCCUCGGCUUCUUCUCCACCGGAGACGAACAUUGUCCAGGAAAUUUCGGUCUAUGGGAUCAAACCCUUGCUCUCAAGUGGAUUCAGGAGAAUAUAGCCGCUUUCAAUGGUGAUCCCGGAAAUGUGACAGUCAUGGGCCAAUCUGCCGGCGGAGCCUGUAUGAUUGACGCUUUGCGAAAGUUACCAUUUUCGAAGUUCGCCCUUUCCCUGAUGGACAAUACGGGAAAGUCAAGUUUAGAAAAAUGCUGUCCUGUUGGCCCACGACUCGACUUCGAUUUCAUUCCAAAGAGCGUCAGCGAACUGCGGAAAGAGGCUUCAGCAAAACCUAUGCUGAUCGGGUGUUGCGCCUCAGAAGGACUUUUAUUCCUAGGAUUCGAAAGGAAUUAUUGUGUCGGCAAGAUUAUGGAGUAUGUGUCACUAGUGGUUCCUGAGAAAGAAUAUCCUCGCAUGUUCAAAAGGUAUCGAGAAGAGAUUUUCCAGAAACUUCUCUCUGACCCUGAAAAUUCUGAAGAAGUGGCACGAGGCUCGGUGGAGAUUUUCGGCGAUCUACUCAUGAACGUCGCAGUCCAAACAGCAGUUCAGGAGACAUUGGAGUCGCACGACGCUCCUGUAUAUUUCUAUUCAUACGACUACUGUAACCCGAAAAGUUGGGAGCCACUGUCAUCCCGAUGGCCUUUCAUAGAUGCAACACAUUGCACCGAGCUGACCUAUAUUUUCGCCGUGGGCAACAACUGGGACUUCGAAUUCAACGACAAUGACAAGCGAAUGCUAGAAUUAACGACAAGAAUGUGGACGAAUUUCGCUAAAUACGGGUAA